CUUCUAAACCACCGAAGAAGACGCUCAGCUAAGUAGGCGGGUUUUUUAUUUUCCUGUUGAAGGGGAUCCGUUUGUUGCUAUGGUUGAAAAUGUCUCCUUAACAACCGGACUAAAAAUGGAGUGAACUUCGGUUGUAUUACCAAACGGUAUCUGUGGGGUGGAAUGGCAGAGACAGCAGAGAGCAAGAAAGAAGAUGCAGACUAUAAAAGGCUGCACAGCUUUCCUCUAAUCAGGCACACAGACAUGCCAGAGGAGAUGAGAGUGGAGACUAUGGAGCUCUGUGUCACAGCCUGCGAGAAGUUCGCCACCAAUAACGAGAGUGCAGCGAAGAUGAUCAAGGAGUCGAUGGAUAAGAAGUUUGGCAGCUCGUGGCACGUGGUGAUCGGCGAGGGCUUUGGCUUCGAGGUGACGCACGAGGUCAAGAACUUGCUCUACAUGUUCUUUGGAGGAAGCCUGGCCGUUUGUGUCUGGAAGUGCUCCUAGCAUCAAUAACCACUCUAGAUCUAUAUAGCUGUCUGUCUAUCUACACUAUAUAUAUAUAUAUAUAUAUAUCCACUAUACUUUUGUAUAUAUAUAUAUAUAUAUAUAUAUAUAUAUAUAUAUAUAUAUAUAUAUAUAUAUAUAUAUAUAUAUAUAUACAAAAGUAUAGUGGAUAUAUAUAUAUAUACAAAAGUAUAGUGGAUUCGGCUAUUUCAGCCACACCCUCUGACAGGUGUAUAAAAUCAAGCACACAGCCAUGCAAUCUCUAUAGACAAGCAUUGGCAGUAGAAUGGCCUUACUGAAGAGCUCAGUGACUUUCAACGUGGCACCGUCAUAGGAUGCCACCUUUCCAGCAAGUUAGUUCAUCAAAUUUCUGACCUGCUAGAGCUGCUCCGGUCAACUGUAUGUGCUGUUAUUGUGAAGUGGAAACGUCUAGGAGCAACAAUGGCUCAGCAGCGCAGUGGUAGGCCACACAAGCUCACAGAACGGGACCGCCGAGGGCUGAUGCGCGUAGAGUGUAAAAAUCGUCUGUCCUCAGUUGCAACACUCACUACUAUCUAUCUCUCCAUGGAUUAUCUCUCUCUUUCUGUCGGUUAGCUUUCUCUUUCUUAUUCUCUCCCGUCUGAAUUGAUUUGCCGUAUCCUGUCCAAUUUGACCUGUUCUUAAAAUGCUGUGUGUGAAUUCACUUCGACACAAAUUAAAUGCAGCCAGGGUCUCCAAUACCGUUAUCCCUGUGUGUGUGUGUGUGUGUGUGUGUGUGUGUGUGUGUGUGUGUGUGUGUGUGUGUGUGUGUGUGAGACACAGUCUUCUCAUUCACUCCAUUCAAUAUGUUUUAGUAUUUUAUAUUUGUAAGUAUGUGUAAAUACUUUGAUGCAGAUUCGAUUUUUUGUAUUUUUCUGUUUUUUUAUAAUGCUAUGUCUGAUUGUUAGGUGAAGAGGACAGAAACAACAGACCAGACCAAUACAGAUACAGUACAUAGAACUGUUAUUGACAAACAAUUUGUUAGUAUUUGUAGCUGACAGGUUGAUACUGGCAAUGUGAUUGGUUUUCUGUUUGAAAUGAACUGAUUGUGAAAUUAAACCUGAAUUGUACUGAGAAA